AAAAUAAAUUAAAAAUCCCUCUCUCCCUCUCUCUAAAAAAAUCGAAACUCCCCCCCCCCUCUCUCUAAAAAACCCUAAUUUCUCCCCGAAAUCACACACUGUUUCAAAAACAAGAGAAUCCAAAUCUGAUUUCUGAAUCCUCAUCUCUUUCUAGGGUUUCAAUGGUGCGAGAUUGAAGUAAUUAGAGCUGUAGAUUUCGAAAGAUCUGUUUGUAUUUAAUUUUUAAAUUUAAUUCAAUUUAAGUGUUUAUUUAUUAGAGAAAGAGUUUAGUAAUAAUGGCGUCGAAUAGUAGUGAUAAAGAGCUUGAACAACAGUUACUGGAAGCUGGAAACAAGCUUCUUAACCCUCCUCCUUCUGUUGAUGAGUUGCUCUCUCUUCUUGACCAAGUUGAGAAUUGUUUGUCAAAGGUGGAGCAGUCGCCUGUAAAAUCAAUGCAAAAUGCACUUUCUCCUUCACAGAAUGCUCUUGUCACCGAUCAAUUGUUCAGGCAUUCUAACAUUGACGUGAAAGUUGCUGUUGCCUCAUGCAUUAGUGAGAUAACAAGAAUAACCGCGCCAGAUGCACCUUAUGAUGAUGAUCGAAUGAAGGAGGUAUUUCAGCUGAUUGUAUCAUCGUUUGAAAACCUAGAUGACAAAUCUAGCCAGUCAUAUGUCAAGAGGGCCUCAAUUCUUGAAACUGUUGCGAAGGUUAGGUCAUGUGUGGUGAUGCUGGAUCUUGAAUGUGAUGCACUGAUAAUUGAGAUGUUCCAGCACUUCUUUAAGGCUAUAAGGGAUCAUCACCCAGAAGAUGUCUUUUCAUCAAUGGAGACCAUCAUGUCCCUUGUCUUAGAAGAAAGUGAAGAUAUUUCUGUGGAAUUACUGUCACUUCUACUAGCUAGUGUGAAAAAGGGGGAUGAGGAAGUUCUACCUGUUGCUCGGAGGUUGGGUGAGGAAGUACUUGAAAGCUGUGCUGCGAAGGUUAAACCUUACCUUAUACAGACUGUGAAGUCUUUGGGCGUAUCUUUAGAUGACUACAGUGACAUUGUUGGUUCAAUAUGCCAAGAAAUAUCUGGUUCUGUUGAGCAGAAUGAUGUCCAUGCUGGUGAUGAAAAUAAGGUUGAAGAGAGCAAGCCAGUUGGGCCAUCAUCCGAUGCUGCUGCUUCUCAGGUCAAUGAAGAGGAAACAACAGAAGUGGCAACUCCUGAACAAGCUGAACCUGCAAAUGACAAAUGUCCAAAGUCAGCUGUGAGCAAUGGUGUCGCACAGAUGGAGGAAGAUGACUCCUUAGCAGAUUCAGAUUCCAUGAAGAAGCAGGAGGAUGAUAACAAAACUGAUCAGUUGAAAAGCAUUGAUUUGCCAAGUACUGCUGAACCUGAUUUUUCAAAUGCUGAAAGGGUAGUAGUAAAUACAGAAAGUGAGGCAGAACAGACAAGCAAGAAGAGUGAGAAGUCUCCAACAAAAUUGGCCGAGCCUUCAGAGAGUUCUCGUGUUGACUCUGAGAAGAAAGCUGAGGAACUCCCUGGCAAUAAAAUUCACAGCGAGGAUGUUCCUGGUUCUCCUCAUAAAGAUCAACCUGUUGAGGAAGCAAUAUCUUCUGAGAAUGUAAAAGAAACUGGCAGUCAGCCUCCCUCACCUAAGGCAUUAGAGGGUGAUUCUGUACCUGUUGCUUCCCCAUCUGUUAGUGAAAACCUUCCUGAUGAAAGUUUUUCCAAAAAGGGUGGACGAGCAAAGAAAAAAGAGAGCUUGAACAAACAUUCUGCACCAUCUUCUGAUGAUGUACCAAACAAGUUAUCUGAUGGAACAAGUGGUUCAGAAGCAAAACUGCAUAAAUGCUCUGGAAAAGAGGCACCUGCUGGGACUUCAAGUGAGGAUAAGACACCAAUGAGGACAGAUGCAUCCAAGAAGGAAAGUGACACCACUGGUGAGCCAGAAGCAAAACCACUGAAGCAGUCAUCUAAAAAGGUGGACACAUUGAAGGAAAGCGACACCACUAAUGAACCAGAGGCAAAAGCAAGGAAGCAGUCAUCUAAAAAGGUGGAUGCAUCCAGGAAAGAAAGUGACAUCAGUGGUGAACCAGAGGCUAAACUGCCGAAGCAGUCAUCUAAAAAGGCGGGCACAUUGAAGGAAAGCGACACCACUAAUGAACCAGAGGCAAAAGCAAGGAAGCAGUCAUCUAAAAAGGUGGAUGCAUCCAAGAAGGAAAGUGACACCAGUGGUGAACCAGAGGCUAAACUGCCGAAGCAAUCAUCUAAAAAGAUGGACGCAUCCAAGAAAGAAAGCAACACCACUGAUGAAUCGGAGGCAAAAUUGCUGAAGCAGUCGUCUAAAAAAGUGGAUGGAAGCAGCAACAACAACAAUGAUGGAUCAACUUUAAAGCAAUUCGAGGAUAAGAAACGGCAGAGUCAUGGAAAAGCAGUUUCUGAAAAGCAUGUAACCAAAAGUUUAAUGAAAGAUGAUGACAAAGAAAAGACCCAUUCAACCAAGUCAGCUGCAAAAUCAGCAAAAGAGGAACAUCACUUAGAGGAGACCCCUGUGACUAGCACCAAGAGGAAGCGUGCUGCUGGUGAUGAAAAAGCACCUGAUAUUAAAGAAUUUGAUGAAAAUGUGGUUGGUUCAAAGGUUAAAGUAUGGUGGCCAAAAGAUCGCCAAUUUUAUGAAGGUAAAAUUGUAUCUUUCGACUCGAUUAAGAAGAAGCAUAAGGUCUUAUAUACUGAUGGCGAUGAAGAAAUUUUAAUUCUCAAAAGGCAAAAAUUUGAGUUGAUUGGUGAUGACUCUGAGUCAGACAAGGAAGAAGCAGCAGAUCACUCAAGUCCUGAGACCUCUUCUGAAACCAGGCCCCUGAAGAAGAGAAUGAAAACAAAUUCUGACAAGUCAACUAAGCAAGGAAAGGGGGAUGAUUCCUCAAAAAGGGGUAGUGGAGCUUCCUCCAGCAAAUCCAAAAGUGCUGCAGCAAAAUCUGGAGGAAAGUCAAAGGAAGUCAGUAAAACUGGUGGGAAAUCCGUGGACGACUCUAAAGUUAAGAAAUCAGAUGAUCAUGGCAAAAACAAGGAUCAUACCCCUAAAAGUGGAAGUAAAUCUGAUGUUGCUUCCGAAACUGCCAGCAAAUCCAAAAAUGAUGACUUGGUGACAUCCAAGGCUAGCAAGUCCAAAGAAGAUGAGACAAGCACGCCCAAACCCUCCAAGUCCAAGCAAGAAACCCCGAAGACUGGCAAGUCCAGGCAUGAUCCCCCAAAGGUUUCCUCCUCUAAUACCAAAGGUAAAGCCUCAAAAAGUGGUGGCAAAUCUAAUGUCAACGGCGCUGGUAAGUUGAAAUCAAGCUCAUCAAAGGUGAAAGAAAUUGAUGAUGAAGAGACCUCAACAGAUUCAGACAAAGUGCAGCAAACUGCAAAGGUGAAGAUGGGAAGUUCAUCCAAAGGACAGGGGAGUGAGGCGGCGAAGAGUGGAAAAAAGCGGCGAAGAACUUGAAGUUUAUGACCUCUCUCGUCAACUGCUGCUUGUUGCAAGCAAAGUUGUUUCCUGUCCCCAACACAUGGACCUUGAUGCCUCGCUCUCUUUGAUGUCCUAGAGCUGCAUCCACACGGUAGUAAGCCAUGGUUUUGGUAUCUUUUGCCAUCCUUGACAUGAUUCCUGUGUCAUUGGCUUACAUUAGUGUUUGAUAGUCUAGUUUGGUUUUAGAUGGUAUCUAUGGCUGUUUGGGAAUCUACAGUAGAAUAGAUUGAGGUAGUUUGUUAAAAUAGAUAUGCCUUUAUAGAUAAUGUGUAAUGACAUUGGGAUUGUGAUGCACAAUGUCAUCUUCAAUUCACCAUUGGAUCAUUUAGUCGAUGCA